AUGGCGACGGCGACCCCCAGGGUGCACCGAACCCCGCCCACGUGUCCCCAGCCCGAGUGUCCCCAACCCUGCCCCGGUGUCCCCGGGUGUCCCCAGCCUUGCCCAGGCGCCCCCGCCGCGCCCGCAGCCUCGUCCCUGAGCCGCGUGUCCCUGCAGGCAGCAAUGCCCGAGGAGCCCUUGGUCUGCGCGGACACCGCGACACGCUGCAGGGUGAGCUCCGUGCUCAACCGGGACGUGAAGCAGUUUGGCAAGACGCACAUGUUCGACGCCAACGAGGAGACGUGCUGGAACUCGGACCAGGGCCCGGUGCAGUGGGUCACCCUGGAUUUCCCCCGCACCGUCAAGGUCUCGCGGCUCCACGUGCAGUUCCAGGGGGGAUUCUCCAGCCGCCUCUGCACACUGGAAGGCUGCCGAACGGGCGAAGAACUGGCGAAAAUAUCCGAAUUGUACCCCGAGGACAGCAACGCUCUGCAGAGCUUCCCGGUGCAGGAGACGGUGCUGGACAAGCUGAGGAUCACCUUUGAGAACGGCACCGACUUCUUCGGGAGGAUCGUGAUUUACCACCUCCGCGUGCUGGGGGAGAGGCUCUAG